CACCAACAUUCCAGUCAUGGCACUUCAGCUUGUCCUUCUCGCUAUCUUGGUAGCCGGCUCUCAGGCUGCACCCCAGCUGUACGCCGCUAAGGCCUACGCCCCCGCCUACGUGGCUCACGCCCCAGUAGUGGCCCAUGCCCCAGUCGUCGCCCACGCCGCCCCAGUUGCCGCCAAAGUUGAAGAGUACGACCCCCACCCCCAGUACUCCUUCGCCUACGAUGUGCAGGACGCUCUGACCGGAGACAACAAGAACCAGCACGAGACCCGUGACGGAGACGUUGUCCAGGGAUCCUACAGCCUGACUGAGCCCGACGGCACCCGCAGAACUGUCGACUACACCGCCGACCCCGUCAACGGAUUCAACGCCGUCGUCCACAAGGAGCCCGCUGCCCACCCUGUUGCAGUUAAGGCUGUCGCGCCUGCCUACCAUGCCCCGGUAGUGGCCCAUGCCCCAGUUGUGGCCCAUGCCCCAGUUGUAGCUCAUGCCCCCGUCACCUACCACGCUCCCGUGGCCAGGUACGCUACCCCUGUCGCUUACCACACUUCCCCCGUCGCUUACCACUCUUCCCCCGUCACCUACCACGCCACCCCUGUGGCCUACCAUGCCACCCCCGUAGCCUACCACUCCGGCCCUUAUGCCUACCAUGCGUCCCCCGUGGCAUACCACGCACCCACUCUCUACCAUCAUUAACCCCCUUUGCUUUACUUCCCUAAGCCAAAGUCCUUUCGCCCAUUUCUUUUUGUUCGAGUAGCUAUGCACAUACCUCAUGCUAUACUUCACGUAUAUUACGUGCCAUGUGAAAAACUUAAAAAAAUAAAUAAAAUGUGAAUGUUCAA